AAUAUGUACCUCUUUGAAUAACUUGUUUGCUCUCAACUUAAACUCGAGUUCCGUGUAUCUAAAGCCAAGCCCAGACGGUUCUGUACUGACCACCUAACUUAAUCAUAUCACGCUAAAAGGCGAUGUCAUCUUCAAUUACAGCCACUGAAGCCAACGCUUCGUUUUCUUUUCUGUGUCUUCUGAGAUCUCACCACCUCUGUUAAUAUCUUUUAUGGGCGAAACCGAAUCUGAAUCCGAAUCCGAAUCCAAACAGUUUCGCUAAAGAACGAAUCGACAGAGGAUAGAAAGAGAUGCUGAAGAUUCCCCAAAAAGUCAUUAUGCAGAUAGCUAAAUGGGUUUCAGAUCUUGAUCGUCGUCGGCUUUUGUUAAUAAUCCCUCCUUUAUCUAUUCUUGUCUUUCUUUCUCUGUCUUCUACACCUUUGGACUCAUUUUUUUCUCUCCGAUCUUUCAUUUUCGACCAUGCCCAGCCGCCUGCUUUUAAUUCAUCCGAUUUCGUGAAUUCGCCGCUGAGUGGGGUCCCGAAUCAGUGGAAAGACGAGUUGCUUAGGUCGAGAAUGGCUGUUUGUUUGGUGGGUGGGGCCAGGAGGUUCGAACUCACCGGACCGUCGAUAGUGGAGAACGUUCUCAAAGUCUAUCCAAACGCGGACCUAUUUUUGCACAGUCCGAUGGACAGAAAUGCUUACAAGUUUUCAUUGUUGAAGGCGGUGCCCAGGCUGACAUCGGUUCGAAUCUUCAACCCUGAACACUUGAACGAGACUGAGUCUCAAGUCCGAGUUCUCACUGCCGCCAACUCACCAAAUGGCAUCCAGGGUCUGCUGCAGUACUUCAAUCUCGUUGAAGGGUGUCUACAAAUGAUCGAAACGUAUAAAAAAAGAAUGAACUUCACAUACGAUUGGAUAGUCCGAACCCGAGUUGAUGGAUACUGGAACUCUCCGUUACGACCAGAGAAUUUCAUUCCGGGCCAAUACCUAGUCCCACCCGGAUCCGUCUACGGUGGUCUUAACGACCGACUCGGCAUUGGCGAUUUCAACACCUCUAAAGUUGCACUUUCGCGCCUCUCUCUUAUCCCCGAACUUGACGCGGCCGGGUUUGUCGAACUCAACUCGGAGACUGCAUUCAAGGCCCAACUCACCACCCGACACGUGUCUUACCUCACAAAACGGAUUCCGUUUUGCAUCGUAACGGACAGAAGCUACGGAUUCCCGCCGUCUCGGUUCGGUGUGCCCGUGGCUGCGCUGUCGAGUCCGGGCCCACUGAAUGGGGCCAAGUGCCGACCGUGUACAGUGGCAUGUCGAGGGCAGUGCGUGGCUGAUGUUAUGCAAUCGCUCGACAAGGGUUGGAGUUGGACGGAGUGGGAAAACGGGAAUCUUGAGUUGUGUGAUGCAAGUGGCGAAUGGGAGAGAGGUUGGGAGAAGAUUUUUGAUAAUGUUGCUGGGAAGAAAUCUGCGUCGGUAAGGAAAAGAUUUGCGGAUUUGAAAAAGAAAGAAUGUGUUGAGGAUUUUAAUGAGAUGAAGAAGCGGGUUUUUGAGUGGGCAGCUCCGCCGCCGGAGGAUAUAUGUGGGCUUGGUUUAGGAGCUUAGAAGACAUGUUCACAAAGAGUCGAGAGACUGAGGUUGUUUGUGUAAAAAGUGAAAACUAGAGGGGGUGUUUGUGGAUUCUCUGAAUUAUUGUUGAUUUUAUAUAAUAUAAUUGGAAAUAUUCCAUUGGUAAA